UUUGGUAUCCAUACUGCCUGCCCGAGAUUUUAAAAAACCAGCGCUCUCAUUUUGGAAGACGCAGCAUAUGAUGGAUACCCCGUACUUGUUUACUGCCAAAGUAAGUUUGCGGAACAGUUUUCUCAGAGACUCGAGCCCAUAGCCACCGCCCGGCGCUAUCGCUUAAUUAACUGCCGUAGCUCAACUCAAUUUCGCCUCCCGACGCAAGUUAGGUGUUAUCGCACAAUGCCCCAGGACACGGCCUCGGAUGCAGCAGGAACCCCGGCGACUGUGGAAAUGGGGCCGGCAAAUGACAAACCGGCUCCGAACCAGGCCGCCGACUCUGCCUCCGUUCCGGAACAAGCAGCCAAACCGGCCCUGGCCCCCUUAACACCUCAAGAGUUCCGCAUCUACAACCGCCUCGCCGAACAAAUGGAUUAUUUCCACGACCACUUCCGCCAAAUGUACGCCACGCUCCACACAGCAUGCACCACCAACCGGCGCCCGGCCAACAUGUCGCUGAAGCAGUUCGUCGACGAGGGCCUCCGGCUGGCGCGCUACCUCGAGAUGCACCACUCCAUCGAGGAGACGCACCUGUACCCCCUGCUCGGCCGCAAGAUGCCCGAGUUCCGCGCAUCCUCCUCCCCGGCCGGGACUGGCAAGGGGGGCGGGAAGCGGGGCAAGAAGGAGGAGUGCGAGCUGCUUCGGCAGCACCAGAUCAUCCACGACGGGAUGGACGAGAUGGCGGAUUACCUGCGCCGGUGUAAGGACAAGGAGUGCGAGCUGGACCUGGGCGUGUUGAGGAGCAAGGUUGAACCGUGGGGAGACGUGCUGCUGAAGCAUCUGGAUCAGGAGGUCAGGGAACUCGGGGCCGAGAAGAUGCGCAAGUAUUAUACGUUGCAGGAGAUGAAGGCAUUCCCUAUAUGAAGCGUUCCUUAGAAGUAUGAGAGCUUUGUAGGCAUGGUGAAGAAAG